GCUCCGCCCACCCAGGCAUGCUCCGUAGAGUGCGUCCCAGAAGAAUAGAAGUUGCUGUAGAUUGCAACAAGUGGACGUUAUCCCUUUAAAACGAGAAACUGGGUCAGCAUUUCGAGCCUGAAUCCUCGAAUAAACAAUUGAAUGUAAGGAUUGAUUUUGAAUUUAAGGAGUGUUUUUCGGGAACAGAAGUAUUUUUUGAAUUACAGAUGUCGGCUUGUGCUUUUCUAACUUGUAAUAGAACACAGACUGCGGCGAUGGUACUUACAACUUAAAGAGACAACCACGUAGAGAUCCGGAGUUUUCAGUGUCCAGUGUCAUGAAACUGAAUCCACAGCAAGCUCCUCUAUAUGGCGAAUGUCUCCUCACGGUGCAGCUGUGUGAUGAAGAUCACUUUGAGGACGAGGAUGGUUUGGAGUUUUACCUGCUGUUCGCUGGCACCGCUCAGAGGCACCUCACCAGCACACACAGGGUUAACCCCGACACUCUCCAAGCCAUCUGUCCUGCCCAUGACUGCUGCGAGGAGGUGACCGUCACCCUGUGCUCCUCCACUCCGGGCCGGCCUGUGGGCUGCGUGGCGGAGCAGGGCUUCCGCUUCGUUCAGGACGUGGCCUUCGACGUGGCGCAGUUCCUGGUGAGCUCUGCGGGCUGCACCGACGCUCUGGACAGCGCCAGGCUGCUGGAUGAGUUCCAGAUCCCUGCUGAGGAGCGAGAGAGGCUGGACGACAGCGUGGCCCUGGCAUUGCGACACCUGCCCCUGCCCGAGGGCUGGAGUGUGCUGGGUCCAGAGGGGGGCGCCCACCAUGCGCUGCCCCCCCGGGAGACUCUGCUGCACUUCACCGCCAGGCGAGGGCUGCACAGGCUGGCGUGGUUCUUCCUGCAGCAGCCAGGAGGCAGAGCGGCACUCUCCCUCCCCAACACAGAGGGCGCCACCCCUGGCAGCCUGGCACACGAUAGAGGCUACAGCCAGCUGCAACAGCUCUUCUCACAGGAGGAGGGUGCAGAUCCGGAGCCCUGGGCGGACAUGUCGAAGACGAUCUUCUCUGGGGACUGCCUGGUGAAGCACAACCCCCGGCUCAACACCUACACGCUCACCGUGGUCACGAAGCCGGGGGUCCAGCCCAGCAGCGUGGAGCGUCACAUCGAGGAGCUGCGCAGGUUCAUACAGAGGAAUUCGGAAGAGAAGGGCACACCUUCUCAAACACAAUUUCUGAACACUGCCAGGGAGUGCAGUGAUACACACGGUGGGCCUGCAGAAACAGUGACUGGACAGCCCCCUCCUGAAAACUUGACCCAGGACCCCUCUGUGCUGAAUGGGCAGGAAUCAGAGCAGCUGAAAGCCAGUGAAGAAACCAGGCAGGAUAGCAGCGCAGUCGUCUGUGAAAGGGGGAGAGAUCCGGCACAAAAUCCUGAAGCCUCUGAUUCUACUCUGAACAAUGGCAGUACAAAGGACAGGGUGUGUGCCUGUGAAAACAACAUAAGCACAGAGAGAGAGGAAGAGGUGGAGGUGGGGACUGCUGCUACUGUUACUGUGGCAGCCUCUGGGAACCCUGCAUAUAAAAGCGACUCUGAGCAGGGCCAGGCUGAUACAGAGAGCCUGUCUGUCAGCGGGCUGCCCUGUGGAAAACUUCAGGAGGAAACUGAUACUGCACCAGCUGCAAUCAGUACGGGACAGGAGAGCCCAGGCAAGGCUGACAACGACAAGCAGGAAGUGGAGCAAGCCGGGCAGAGCGCUACUGAGGACCAGACCGCAGAUAAAACUGAACGUGUAGAAGGGAGGGAUUCUGCAGAUGGGGAUAUGGGGCAGACACAGUCCCAGGAUCACAAAGACACGUCAGUCACUGCCGAGGUGAGCACUGGCCCUCUGAAGGGGGAGAUGCUGGUUGAACCGAAAGGGCCUGACAACUGUGCGGAUGUAAGGGACGUGAUUGUUGUUUUUGGAGAAAAGGAAAGCGAGGCAGUCAUUAAAGAAUCUCUGAAGGAGCUCGCCGGUGCUCAGGAGGGCACAUGCUCAUGUGUUGUGGUGAGCAGUCCAGGUGAUGGAGAGGGAGAGGGGGAGUGUAAAUCUGAGACACAGUGUGCUGGUCUAAAGGAGGAAACAGCUGGGUUGGAUUAUUCUAAAGAAAAUGAUUCUGCUGCUAGUGAAGCGAAUAACAAUGAGACGCCCGUGUCUGAAAGAGACACAAAUAGCUGCAGCCUGUUUGUGAACCCUGAGACCGAGCUGGGAAGUCCUUCCCAGGCCCACAGCAGGAGCAGAGACUCGACAGGCAGCUCAGCCUCCCACACUUCUGUGCUUCCAGAGGUGAAGUGUCCGAAGGAAUGUGACAGCCAGGCUCUGGAUGACCGUGGCACCGGGGGUUACAGUUCAUUAGCGUUUGGACCAGAAAUCAAUGAGCAGGUCAGCCUGAAGGAAAAGGAUCUGCCGUCAGACACUGCUGAUACACGGGACAGUCCUCUGGAAGUGGGAUUAAGUGAUCAGACAGAUGGACUUGGCCAGCGUCUCACAGUAAUAUCGGAAGAGCCGCAGCCCGCUCCUAUAGAAGCUGCUUCCUCUUUGUUUCAGGAUGUUGAAGUAGCAUUGGAGGCUGGGUCAGAGGAAUGCAGUUCACAGACUGUGGGAGAAGUGCCUGAUGGAAAGCAAAAAGCUGAGUGCAUGCUGCCUGGUGUGGAAGAAGUGGUGUUGCCGCAUAUAGAUUGCUUGGUUGUAGAAAGUUUGCCACUGCUGGGCCAAGAGCCUAUGGACAAUAUGUUGCCCCUGAAAGAGGAGGACAGAAAUGGGGAAUUGACACCACCGUCUUCGGAGACAACAGAUCAUGAAUCGGACCCAGGGAUUGUAACUGUGGAGUCCAUAUCUUCUACUGACAUCGAGCAGGGGGUGCCCUGCGAUUGUGCUGUGAAUGAAAGGGGUUCAGAUCUCGAUGCUGGAGACCGCUGUGAAGGGAUGCCUACCUGGAAAGAUGGUGAACCAGAGAGUGCUGCUGGAUCCUGCGAGUGCAGCACACUGACGCAAAGCCAGCAGCCUCCCCCUGCAGAGUCAGAAGGGGUGUCUGAUUGCAGGGAGCUCCACAAACAACAAAGCACCCAGGAAGUUUUGCUGACCAGUGAGGGCCAGGAGUCUGAGGGGCCAGAGCUAGAGCAGAGUGGCACAGAGGCCCCAGCGCCAUCUCCCUCCAUUUCAAACAGAGUGCUGGUGGAGGGUGAAUGUUCAACGCUGCCGGAAGGAGGACCAGGUGAACAAGCGGCCGCCCUGAAGGAUAUCCCCAGGGAACAGCCGGAUGGACCCGAACACAACUGGGAAGCAGAAUCCCUACAGGAAGCCACCAGUGAAACCUGUGAGGCUACAUUGGCCUCCUCUUCUGCGGUCCAGGAAGGGGAGGGGCUUGAAGUAUCUGAACCAGACGAAGCAGCAGCAGCAGUGGUUGAAAGUGAUGGCAGUGGAGCUGUGGGCAGUGAUAAAGCUCCAUCCAUUGAAAGUGAUGGCAGUGGAGCUGUGGGCAGUGAUAAAGCUCCACCCUUUGAAAGUGAUGGCAGUGGAGCUGUGGGCAGUGAUAAAGCUCCAUCCAUUGAAAGUGAUAGCAGUGGAGCUGUGGGCAGUGAUAAAGCUCCACCCUUUGAAAGUGAUGGCAGUGGAGCUGUGGGCAGUGAUAAAGCUCCACCCUUUGAAAGUGAUGGCAGUGGAGAUGUGGGCAGUGAUAAAGCUCCACCCUUUGAAAGUGAUGGCAGUGGAGCUGUGGGCAGUGAUAAAGCUCCACCCUUUGAAAGUGAUGGCAGUGGAGCUGUGGGCAGUGAUAAAGCUCCACCCUUUGAAAGUGAUGGCAGUGGAGCUGUGGGCAGUGAUAAAGCUCCUUCCUCGGACCAGGGAAUUGGAGAGCCCUUGCCUUAUGAACCAGAGGCUAGAGAAGCAGGGGAGCUGACUGAUGGACAUUUGAGCUGUGAUGAAACCCCUGUUGCCAGCUGUACCCACAUCGACAAAGAGCCUGCAGGUGGAGCCUCUGUAGAACUGGGACAGACUGCAGAUAUCAUCAUGUCUGAUAAAGGAGCAGCUCUGGAACCUACAAUAUCAAAACAGGGUCCAGAGAACAAGGACUCUGCUCCCAAUAGCUGUAAUCCCGCCCUAGCCCAGGAGAGCACCUCCUCUGUGGGGAGGGUUAGUGAUCCAGCUGGCCUUUCUGGAAGUGCUGGAGAUGUGAGUGUGGAGACUGGAGGAAAGGACGCCUCUGAACUGACUGAGCCGAGCCUGGACCGGGAGAGUGAGGAGGCUGCUGUGCAUCAUCGUGGAGACGGGUCACCUCUGGCUCUCCUCGCUAGAGCGGCAGGGCAAGUGGAUUUCAGUACAGCGGAGGAGGAGGAGGGCACAGGAGACAGGACAAUGAUUCACAGGGAGAAAGAGAACUUGUACCCCAUUGAUUCGUGCACAGCACCUGGUCUCCUGGAAGAGAAGCAGCGUUCAGAAUCUGCAGAAUGCUGCCAGUCCUCCCAGGACCAGCUGUCUGUGGACAGUACAGUGUCCCCCGGGGCAUCUCCAGUCCGCAGGGAUCUGGGCAGCGAUGUGGACGUGUUUGAUGGCACAGAUGCCGGGGACGACCCUGUCUUGAGCAAGCAGGGGGGUGAGAUUCUGACGGGAGACAGCACCAGUGAGGUGUCCCUGUCCUGCUCCUCGACCGAUGAGCCCCUGCCCCCAGGCCCGCCCACCUCCACCCCGGAACGCAGGUGCGAGAGCGAGGAGGAGGAGGAGGACCGGCUCACCGAAGUGCCUGUGCGCUCCUCCGUCCUCCGCACCUCCAUCCGCUCGCUCUCUCCAUUCCGCCGGCACAGCUGGGGCCCCGGCAAGAACGCAGGGGCUGAGAGCGAGAUGAACCAGCGCAGCGUGCGAGUUGGGGGCGAUGUUGUAAAGAAGUCACCAAUUCAUAGGAGAAGUAUGAGCUGGUGUCCCUCCGACGCCCCGUUCAUUCCUGUCUCCGAUGACAUUAGUCACAGAAGUUACAGUCUGGAGGGUCUGGCGGCAGACAGUGAGCCGGGGAAGAGCUCCCCAAUGCUGGGAAGGGUCCCCCGCAGUGCCCCCCUAGUGGAGAGCGAGGAGAGGGGCUCCCUGGUGUCUCUGACUGAGGAGGAACAAGAGUCUGACCUGGGGGACAGCAGCAGCUUCGACAGCCAGAAAUCCGAUCGCCGUCCUCCACUGGUGUGCAGUUACUCUGCUUCUCACCCUCUCACCAAAUCUGUGUCUCUGCUGACCAUCAACCAGUCUGGACUGGACACCCAGGGACGGACUCGACCAAAGAGACGAAUCUCCUUCUCCUUCAACAUCUCUCCGCUCCUCCCCAAAUCUAAAACUGUCUUUUCAAUUGGCUCUUCAUCCAGUGAUGAGGAGGAGCCAGGCAGUUCGAGAGGCUCCAGCAGCACCUCCAGCUCCUUCGCACACAGCAUCUGUGAAGAGGACCUCCCACCCAGCCCCUUGAGAAAAGACUUGGAUAGUAAGAGUGGAACGAAAGUCAGUCGCACCUUGAGCUUCCUCAAGAGCAAGAUGUACAACAGCAAGAAGAGCAGGGAAAAGGAUAAAGAGAAGACGAAAGAGAAGGACUGCAAAGAGAAAGACAAAGACAAGAAAGCCCUGAAUGGACACAUGUUCAGCAUUGCAGCCUCUGGCCCCUCUGCCCAGUGCUACCAGUGCAGUAAAGCAGUGAACGCCAAGGAAGCCUACCUGUGCGCCAGUUGCAGUGCAUGCGUUCACAAGGGGUGCAGAGACAGCCUUCCUGCCUGUGCCAAGGUCAAAAUGAAGCAACAAAAACAUCAGUUUGCAGUACCUGACAGCAUCUCCUUCCAGCCAGUCACAAUGAGGACUAGGUCCACCCUCCCCAAAGAGCGCCCUCGCUCGGCUGUCCUGAUGCACGAUGACAACUCCACCUCCUUGUCCUUCAGCAGGAGACACACGGGAAUCGUUGCCUUCAACACCAGCAACCUCGCCAAGAGCAUCUCCAUCAGCAACAUUGCCGUCCCCAUGUUUGAUGAGGUCCCGCUGAGAGGGUUGAGGUACCUGUCUCAGUCCACUGACUCGCUGCACAAACCCAACAAGGUCAAUGAGUCGACAGAGUCUCUGACUGACGAGGGAACAGAGAUGAUGGACAGUCAGCUGAUGGGGGAGUUUGAGGCGGAUGUCCGGGAGCUGGAGGCUGACUCCUGGAGCCUGACUGUGGACAAGAAGCUGGCGAAGCAGCUCAAGAAGGACAUGAUCAAACGGCAGGACGUCAUCUAUGAGCUGAUGCAGACGGAGAUGCACCACGUGCGCACUCUGAAGAUCAUGGCUGAUGUGUACAGCAAGGGGCUGUUGAAGGAGCUGCAGAUGGAAGCACAGACCGUGGAGCGGAUAUUCCCUGUGCUCGACGACCUCCUGGACUUACACACACAGCUCUUCAGCAGCCUUCUGGAGAGGAAGAAAGAGUCUCAACAGGAGCUGGGGGCCGAGGGCAGGGAAGGGGGCUUCGUCAUCCGGAGGAUUGGAGACAUCCUCGUCAGCCAGUUCUCGGGCUCCAGUGCUGAGCGCAUGAAGAAAGUUUACGGCAAAUUCUGUGGCCGGCAUAACGAGGCUGUGAACUAUUACAAGGAGCUGCAUGCCAAAGAAAAGCGCUUCCAGGCAUUCAUCAGGAAAAAAAUGAGCAGCACAAUAGUCAGACGGCUAGGCAUUCCUGAAUGUAUAUUACUAGUGACACAGCGAAUAACCAAGUACCCCGUCCUACUGCAGAGGAUACUACAGCACACCAAAGAGAGCGAGGAGGACCACAGAGCCCUGACGCAGGCCCUGGCGCUGGUGAAGGAGGUGAUCUCUGCCGUGGACAGCAAGGUGAAUGAGUACGAGAAGAAGAGGAAGCUCAACGAGAUCUACAGCCGCUGUGACAGCAAGUCCAUCAUGAGGAUGAAGAGCGGCCAGAUGUUCGCCCGGGAGGACCUGAAGCGCAGGAAGCUGCUGCAUGACGGGCCUCUGCAGCUCAAGAACGCAGCUGGAAGACUUAAGGAUGUCCAGGCGUUACUCCUUUCUGAUGUCUUCGUUUUCCUUCAAGAAAAGGAUCAGAAAUUCGUCUUUGCUUCAUUGGACCAGCGCUCCACAGUGAUCUCGCUGCAGAAGCUGAUCCUCCGAGAGGUGGCGAACGAGGAGAAGGGCCUGUUCCUGAUCACAGCAGGCAUCGAGAAGCCCGAGAUGGUGGAGGUCUACUGCAGCUCCAAAGAGGAGCGCAACACCUGGAUGCAGCUUAUCCAGGGCACCAUGCAGUCCAUGGAGAAGGAUGAUGAUGAAGGGAUCCCCAGCGAAUCAGAAGAGGACAAGAGAGUUUUGGAGACAAAAGCACGGGAGAUGAGAGAGCAACUGCAGCAGAAAGACCAGCAAAUCGUGGCCCUGCUGGAGGAGAAGGGGAAGCUGUUCAGGGAGAUGUGUGACUGCGGGGGGCCGGACGAGGGAUCCCCCAGCACGCUGACGAGGACUCUCUUCAGAGCCAGCCCUGAAGACGUGGCCAAGGGGGAGCCAAUCAUGAAGGACGCGCUGAAGGAAGUGGAGACGUUGCAGACACUGGUGAACGGGAGCCUAGGGGGCGCUGUGGGGCAGCAGGUCUCCAGCAGUGUGGAAGCAGAAUGCAUUGUGGGACCCGUUUCUCUACCCAGGAGAGCAGAGACAUUCGGGGGCUUCGACAGUCACCAGAUGAACGUUUCCAAAGGCGGAGAGAAAGACGAGGGAGAGGAGCCUCCAGAUCUGCGGAGAACGGAGUCAGACAGUGUUUUGAAGAAGGGGGGGAAUGCCAACCUGCAGCUGCUGCUCAAAAGAAACACGGAGCAAAUCCUCCACAGCGUUAAACAGCUCCAUGAACUGCUCCGCACUUUACAGGCGGUGGUGGUGCAGCAGGACACCUUCAUUGAGGACCAGCGCCUGGCUCUGAGCGAGCGCUCAGCCUCCCGCCCCUCCUCCCGGCCCAACUCCCUGAUCGAGCAGGAGAAGCAGCGCAGCCUGGAGAAGCAGCGGCAGGAGCUGGCCAACCUGCAGCGGCAGCAGGCAGCACACGCAGAGGAGCACCGGCGCCAGGACAGGGAGAGGGAGGUGUUGGAGAGGGAGCUGGAGCAGAGGGAGGCACAGCUCAGCCAGAGAGAGGAGGAGACCCAGCGAGGGCGAGGGGAAGUGGAGCGGGAGAGGGAGGAGCUGCGCUGCAGGAAAGAGGAGUACCAGAAGGACCUGGAGAGGCUGCUGAUUGGCCAGCGCCAGCUCGACAGGGAGCGCGAGCAGAUCCGCAGGGAGUUAGAGAGGAUAGAGCAGAGCAAGAACGAGGAAACGGGGCAGCACAGGUCGCCCUCUAGUGCCUCGGAGGACUCCAGGGAGUUUCACAGCACCAGUUCUCUGGAGCGGGUCUCGUUGGAGACAGAACUGCCCUCGUCUCCCAAGAAGGAGCAGCUGGGGAGGACGGGCUCCAAACAGAAAGGGAAGAACUUGAACCCCUUUACUUUUAACCAGAGUCACAAAUCACAAGGGGGUGACGGGCAGAACCAGAUCCCCAAUCGCUUGUUGCAGCUCGCCAAGUCCAAGGAGAAGAAGGAGAAGAAAAAGAAGAAGGGCAAAGGGCAGCCCGGCCAGCUGGCAGAUCCCCAGCACCCUCCCGUCUCUGAAGCUCCAGCUGAGGGAGAGGAGAUCUACUUCUGCUGAUGGCACUUUGUCCUCCACUGUCCCAUGGUGCUCUUCUCUUCAGGUUGUCUGCACAUCCAGGGCCUCUGCCAGCCAAAGCAGCUUGGCCCUCCUGCCGGGCAGAGAGUCUCCCAGGACACUCUCUCCAGCACGACACAAUUGUGCCAGCUUCCCAACCAUACAUCACACUGGAGAAACCUCAGAGCCGACCCCGUAGUUCAGAAAGGGCACCGAUGCCUCUUUUAAUCAGGGCUGUUUUUCCGCAUGUUUUAAGGUUUGAAAGUGAGUGCCACUGUGCAGUGCAGUCAGAAGCCUGAAAGCAUGCCUUGUGUCUCACAAGAGGCCGGUACCCAACAACUUCAUCUAUUGCUUAUGUUGUUUUGUUCUGUUAUAUAAUUCAUAUGAAGCCAUGCGGUUUCUUUUGGUGUGCAAGUAACUUGUCAAACAUAUAUAUAAAAAAAAAAGACAGGAAUUGGGGGGAAAAAAGUCUUUGAGGGCAGAGAACCGUGGAGUUGUACUUGCAGGUUAAUUUGUGUAGCAACAGACACAAAGUUUUUUGUUUUUUUUAGCAAUCAUCUCAAUGCAAAUUUAACAUGGUUUGAUGCCACAGAGCACUUUUUAAAAUUACACUCUAUUACAAGGGAUGCUACUACCUGCUUUAAAACAUAAAAGGACAAUCAGAUCUCUUCGUUUAUUUUUUUAUUACUUCUUUUUUUUAUGUCGAGGACCGACUUUUAGAAGACCAGGAGAGUGGACUUGUGUUUGCCCACGUUUACUAGGGUUUGCCAAGCAGUGCUGUAAGCAAUCGCCAGGGUGCUGCCAGCUGUCUGCUUUAAUACAGCGCCUGCACCACUCGAGGGAGCCUGCAUUCUUCAGCUUACUGCUUUCUGUUCAUUCCAAUGUCUUUGAAUUGUGAAUUGGUACAGUGUAGAAACUGCAUGCAAUGUAAAUCAGAUCACAAUGUGGUACUAGAAUAAUCUGAGAGUUCAGUACUGUAUUCCACAACCCCCCCAUCCCCAAGCUUUGCAGUUUGAUUUUUUUAAAAAAAUAUUUAUUUUUGGUUCUUCCUGCCUUUUCACGCUUAUUUGUUUUCCACUGAGGGGCUAAAAACAAUACCGCUGUUAAAACUCCUUUAGAUAACAUUCUAUGUUCAUCAAAACUAAAAAAAAAAACAGCAAACAAAACAAAUGACCUGCUGGUGAGGUUCUUGAAUUGUGUGCAGUUAAUAAAGAACAAGAUUGAAAAGUACUGGUGACUAAACAAGCGCUUGCAACGUUAACCAGCAGGAUGGGCCCCGAGCGCGCCGCGCAGGCGACAGGGACCGUUCAUUUCAGUUUGGACUUGUUGCUGCAGCUCUCUGUGCACUUACUGUAGGUGCUGCACAGUGUGUGAUGACCUGGGUGUUGAAAGCCAGCUCACUUGUCCACCAGCACAAAGACAUGUAGUGUUCUGGUUUAACUGACACUGGUGUGAUCGUCAGAUCAAGCAAACUGCCUGCUUUUAUGUAAUGCUGCUCCAAAUGAAAUUAAAGGUGUGCAGCACUUCUGUCAAGAAUGGGGCUGCAGUACCUUACUGAAUUCACCAGAGGGCGCAAUGUGUAUUAGGAACAGGCUGCACCACCUACUUUAGUUCACCAGAGGGUGUAGUGUGUAUUAGUCCACCAGAUUGACUUGUGCUUCCUAAGCAUGCAAAAACCAAAAAAAAAAAAAACAUACAAAAAAUAGAAAAUAUGAAUCCUGUCUUUGCACAAAAAUGAUGAAUUCUGAUCUGUUUUUUGUCCUGCAGCAUUCCCCACAAACCUAGGGCUCUUUCCUCUCCCCAUCCCUAUCCCUUUUACCUGCUGGAGUAUAAAGCUCAAAUAAGCUCUCUGUUCAUUGAGGGGUGAAAGCGAGCCCUGAGCCCAGCUGCCCUUUCAUAACACGCUGAUGUUUAGCUUCAUGGAGACCCUUGUGCAGUCUUGUGCUAAUGAUGAAAUGCACCAGCGUAUUCUCAACCGUCUUCUCAGGAGCUUUCAUAAGAAGUGGCACACCUCUGAUCUGAAUGCAAACAAACAAUUGCUUGUACUAAAUGUACAGGAAUAUUUUUCUUGCUGAAUUCUGUAAAAAAAAAAAAGAAAGAAAAGGCAAAAGACAACUAUUUUAUGUAAAUGUAAUUAAUGUAAAAAUGUAAAAGUAAAAAUGCAUCAUUUUUUGUCGUGAUUCAGUUCAGCUUUUUGUAAGGAGUCUAUUUAUCUGCAUUUUAUGGUGUAUAAAAAAGAUGGAAAUUCAACAUGUUUCUCCUAAUAAAUAACUAUUAUUGUAA